AUCGAAAAAAUUCAACGCAGGAUUUCAUUUUCCCAGCAAUGUAUAUCGUUAAGUUCCUUUUAAUCUGCCUCUUGGUUGGAAGUCUCUGUGGUGGACAAUCAUCUGCACGUUCAUUUGAACAUCAAUCUGGACAAUCUUCUGGAGAUGAGGUCGAUUGGUGUAGUAUUGAGAGCAAGUCCUGUGCUGCUGGAACCUCCCACGUUGCCUGCAAUGAAAAUUCCUUUGAAUUUGGUGAAUGUGAGGACUUGGUGGUGCCAAAGAUGACUGUAAAGGUGAAGAAAAUGCUCCUUCUGCGUCACAACUACUACCGAAAUCUCCUCGCAGGAGGACACGUUGAGGGGAAACCAAGUGCUUCACGGAUGAUGCAGAUGCAUUGGGACAAUCAGCUGGAAUUCCUCUCCACGAAGCAUGUUGAACACUGCAAUUUUGCCCAUGAUGGAUGUCGUGCCACUGAAUCCUGGUCAAUUGUUGGCCAGAAUAUUGCUCUCUUUGAAUCCCCCGUGGAUGCUGCUGGAGAUUCGAUUGAAUACCUCGCUUCUGCAGUUGAUUUGUGGUUUGCUGAACAUUCAGUGGCAUCGGUGAAUGCCCCCGAGGAAGUGGAUACCUCAACAGGACACUUCCUAACCAUGAUGCUUGAACGGAAUCAUCGCGUGGGAUGCGCUGUGGCCACGUACAAGACAUUGAAUGGAAGUGGGAUCAGGUACAAUCAUCUCAUUACGUGUGACUACUCUGCUGGUUUGGUUAAAGGUGAAGAUACCUACAAAAUUGGAGAUUCUUCCUCUGAAUGCUCCGAAUUUCAUGCCCAUCCAAGUGCUAUGUAUGAUAGUCUCUGUGAUAAUUUGGAAGAAGAUGCUGAAGAAGAAAUGAAUGUCUAUGAGGAGGAGGACUACAAAGAAGACGCUCAGGAAGACGCCGAUGGGUCAGAUAAUUCCGCUAAGGAGCCUUUUGUGGAGCUCCUUCCAAGGAGUGAUGCCUUAAUUACAAAUGAUCACAGUGAGAAGGUGAAAAGAUAUAAAUAUUCCGGAAAAUCAAGCGUAUGUAAUGCAGGAGGAUCAAUUGGCCAAGGAAUUUCCACCAAAAUUCUUUUCGCAUUGUCGAUUUUCAUGAUAAUUCUAAAUUGUUUCUGGAUAAUUAAUUACAAGAAGGAAAAUUUUGUACAUUGAAGAUUAAAUUUAAAAUAUUCCUUAAUAAAUCUUGGAAUUGAAAAUUAAUAAAAGAGAAAAA